UCCACGGGAGACUCCAGCAUGGCAGUGUUGAGGUAGCGCUGCUGCUGUGUGUGUGUCCUUGCCGUCCUCUUCCUUCGCCUGCUCUUUUACUCGUCACUGCUGCCCUCCUCCGCCUCCUGCUCACAAUGAGACUUCCUGCUGGUUUCUGUGGUUGUUGCUGUUGUGGUUGCCAACAUUACUGGCUGAGGCUCCGUAGGGGCGUGGCAAGGCGAGGUGUUUAUUGUAGCGCCUGUGGUGGAGGGUCUGUUAGCGUCCUGCUGUUUCCUCUCCUGUGUCACGUGACGGUGAACCUCCUUCCAUGCGUGGCGAGUUAACACUGUCAUCGCGCCGUCUUUGAAUGGCCUGUGAUGUUUGAAGCUUUUUCACUUCGCUCCGCAGUGCCUCCACUUCGUCCCCCAGCUUGCAUGGUCCUGAGGGUCUAGGUGGGAGAGGUUGGUGGUGCUGUGCGACGGGAAUGGAUGGGUCAGCGAGUGCACAGUAUAUUAAUGGAAGCCACAGUGGGAAGUUGGUUCUGGUUCUCAUUGCACACGAAGACUACUCACUGCAAAGAAAUAUCAUCCGCGGUCAUGGAUCCCAUCUGGUGCGGGUCAGGGUUGAGAAGGUAUCAGGUAAAGAUGAGCUCGCUUCAACCUCUCGGCAGGAGACUUUGGAGGAAGCUCUAGUCCAGCUGCAGAGGGAGGAGUCAGCCAAGCCUGCACGCCACCCACGAUUUCUCUUUUCCAUUUGGUCUGGAAUUCCAAUAUUGUUCCCCCACCGUGACUGCAUGUCCCUCUCUUGCUUUCUACUGUUUGUUUGUCUGGCCUUCCUCGACCUGUUCAACUCGCAAGUCACCCAGCCCGUCACUCGCAUAGCGAGUUUCCAUCACACAGGAGACAAACAGCAGCGGAUGAUCACCAACCCCUCUCUCAAGACCACACAAGUUGAAGUCUCGGGAAUUUUCCAUCUUGAGCAACCCCUCUCUCAAGAGCACAAGUUGAAGUCUCGGAAAUUUUUCAUCUUGAGCAGGUGUGGUUUGUAUGCGUACAUCAGUCUGAUAUUUGAGCCUAAGUAUUUUUAUUCAUCGCUAUCUCCACACCAAACUAUUUAUUAAUAAUGAUCGAGCUCAUCUCAUUAAACAAUACGUAGUUCCUGUUCAUCACCUUCUUGAUCACCUCGUGAAGUUAUGGCCGGAGGAGGAUGGUGCUGACUCGGAGUGUAGUGAAGGAGGGCCACAUCUUCCCCCGUCUUGGCUGGCUGACAUUUAUUUUUAGAGAGAGUACGUGUAUGUAGAGUACGUGUAUGUAUUUCUUUCGUAGAAAAAAAGCCACACAGUCUUGGCUGGCCGCGCCAUUCAUUGCGAGAGGAGAGGGUCAACGUCCUGCACCUUUUAGAGAGAGAGUACGUGUAUUUGUCGUCGAAAAAAGUAGAGUACGUGUAUUUGUCGUCGAAAAAAGUGAUCUAGAAACACGAGUGGGGGAAGAUUUUUUUCACCGUAAUCGGGAAAGUACGGCGAUACCAUUUGUUAAGAAGGCUUAAAUGAUACUUCAAAGAGGCUCCGGAGAAAGAGUACUACACCAUUCGCCAGCCUGAGAAUUUAUUAAAAAAAAAUAAAUAAAUAUAAAUAAAUAAAUUUGGGAGUCCUCUGAACUCUUACAACACAGAUGCUUGUUUACCACGAACAGUGGUCAUCAAGUCUAUAACACACAUUUGCUGUUCUCUUACAGGUGCUGGCUGUAUGGAUGGGGAAAGAUAUAUGCCCGAGGUGUGAAGACUUCCCAAACCACCUCUCCCCCUGUGGUGGACAGCUGAAGAGAAGGAAAUCUCUUCUUUUUGGUGGUGGAUUUUUGCUGCAGUCAACCUGAAAAUUUGAGUUUUUUUUUUUUUUAACCACAAUAAAUCCCAUUAAAUGAA